UCUUGUCUUCCGUAAAAGAUGCAUUUGAUGAGAAUAACGUAAAUAAAGUGUUAUUACAGAAUUCCUGCUAAAAAUCAUGUCUGGUGGACUUAUAGACAAAGUGUAUAUAGGCCUAGACCAUGCGCCAGCCGCAUUUGACAUUAAAUCGCGUAUACUUGGACCAAAUGGGACUAAUUUGGAGUAUAUAAGAUCAGAGACGGGAGUCGCUGCUGUGUUGAAAAACGAUAAAUUUGAACCGCUGCAUUUGGCUUUGCACCACACGAGAUCUGAGGCGUUGGCAGCUGCUAGAUCGCUAGCACAGAACUUGAUUGAGACUAUACGUGCAGAGUUAGCGCAGUGGAGCGCAGCGCAAGCUGGAGGGCCGCCACCUGCGUUGAAUGGUCCUCCACCUACUCUGACGACUACCGCCGCGCCUCCUCCCGUGCCACCUCCUGUCGCAUCUGUGGCCCUAUCUGCCCCUUCCACAUUAACAACGUCAACUCUACCUUCUGUCAUACCACCAGUAGUGAGUGUGGCUCCGGCCACAACUCCUCUGAUGACAGUCCGACAACCAACAGUUUUACAGUUACUACCGCAGCAGCAUUAUGUGCUAAACCAGGAAAACGGUCAACUAAUACCUAUCGUACAGCCUGGGGUACAGGUCUCCAACACUAACUUCACAUCAUUACCUUUAAAUCAACAAUUAAAUACAAUACAACAACCAAAUUAUGGCACACAAAUUGUUGAUAUAUCAUCAAUGCAGCCAGUCAAUGUUACUCAGCUACGAUUGAGUGGAGUACCAAAUUCAAUGUCCAUGAUCUUACCCAAUGGACUAUCUUUUCCUCAAGCAAGUUUAACAGGUGCAGACACGACAACAGUCAGCUCUGCAACGUCAACACCUGUUGUAUGUGCAGCUCAAAGCACAAAUUCCUCGCAAAAGUUCCUAUACAGCACUGACAAAGGUGACAAAGAAAUCAAGUAUCAUAUACAAGGGGCUGAUACUAUGCAAUGGACGGUACCAGGCUCACAGACUAUGCUGAUACCCUACCAGCAACUGCAGGAGUUGUCAAAUCAGACUGGCUUGACUAAUAUACAGCCGCAACAGUUUGUUUCUAUAGCGCCAGCGAACAGUUUCCAACAAACAUCACUCCCACUGUCAGCUAUGCAGCUACAACAGUUGCAAAACACUGGCACGCUGAUGCAAUUCAACCAGAAGCCGAUAGUGAGCAGUGCCUCUCUAAUAAAUAUAAUUUCCACCGGCCAAGCGUCUUCACCUCAGAUUAUAUCAAGUUCGACGCCAACCAAAACGAACCAAGAGUCUAGAGGUCAGAAAAGAUUGUCAGAUGGUUCACCUAGUCAGUUACAAUUACGCCCCAUCGCACCAGCUGGGUCGCAUGUAAGCCAGGACAAGAGCUCGUCGAGAGAUUCGAGGUCUUGGACAACCGCCGCAGCUAGAGACAACACGGCUGUCAGUAUGGGCAUGAAAAUAAAUCCCGCACACGGCACCAUUAUACACGUGUCUUCGGGGCAACAGACUAAUGUAUCGGGUUCAUCGGUAACACAGGAUGGCUCGGGGAUGUAUAUAAAACAAAAUACUAUCCAAAUACAACCGAAUAAAGAUGGACAGAAAGACCUAUCGGCGAACAAACUACAAAAUACAACGCAAAAUGUCCAAAUGAUAACAGUACCUCAAGGAAUGACUGUACUUCAGAAUCCAUUAAACAUCGGUCAAAUGCCGACCAUGAUUGGCCAGCCGAACAGCCAAGUUUACAUGAUUCCAACAAAUCACCAAAAUUUCGUCCAAGGUGGUCUACCCCCUGGGCUACUAGGGCAACAAGUUUUACAAUCGGGGCAGAACGUAACAGUCAUGCAGCCAAACCAACUUGGUAUGCCAGGCGGUGUGCAAUACAACAUGCCAUUAAUGCCAAUGAAUGUCCAACAAAAUUCGCAAUACCUGCCAGCUGGGAUCAAUCUUAAUACUCAGCUGACAGCUCAUCAGUUAAACGCAGCUCUCGCCAGCCAACAAUUGGCCAAUUCCAAUUUAACAGUUACCGGAUCGAUUCCUAUCGUCCAAGCUCCUCCCUCAUCGCCGAUGACCAAUACGCCAGUAAUACCUGUUUCCCAACCUCCGCCAAUUCAUCAGAUCGUGCCUCAAAACACGAACUUCAUAACACCAACAUCCCAAUACACAAAUUUGCCUCCGCAAUAUGUGAUGCAAGCUAACUCCGGCACAAUGACGAUGCCAGUGUCGAAUUCCAAUGUCCAAUACACAAUGCCAACAAAUCAGGUCACUACUCAAGCCCCUAAUAAUGGCAACGGUCAAUCGACUUCCACCGAAACUGAACCCACAAAUGGCACGGGCAAUCAGACGAAUUACAUCUCGUCAUCACAAGAUAAUAACUAUCCGAUUGCUGGGACAACUCCCGUUGCGAAUCAGUCGCAACAGAAUUUCUCAGCAGAUGCAAACUCAACUGCCACCCAGGGGUAUACGCCUUCUAAUCAAACAGUAACACAGCAGAAUUAUGGAACAACUAACGGCAGCAGUUCACAGAACACAGGCUACAACGGCAGUCAGACAACUGCUCAGCCUCCAAACUACCCAACAAACGGUUCAAAUCCUCAAACACCCACUCAGUCUUACGGCACAUGUACUACCCCAAGUUCCCAAAACAAUUCGCAGGCAAACUUCUCACCUUCCUCCACUCCGGCGCCUAAUCAAACCUAUACGAAUAUGCCCAACGCUGCUUACCCGCCUAAUCAAACUGGGCAGAAUCCGUACCCAAAUGCCACCGGGCAGAACUUAGCUGCAUACGCAAGUAAUCAGUACCAGUACACCAGUAGACCUUGGUUUAGACCGCGGUAUGGGUCCCCACAAGGUUCGCCCUACGGAUCAAAUGCUGUACCCCCAAAUGGACCACCCAUGCCAGUUCCCCCGAUGCCGGUUCCUCCUCCCACGGGAAACUACAACAACUAUUGGCAGGACAGUUGAGAUUUGGAGAACAUCAUCGAUACGGACAUUGUUCCGGAUUCUUGACAAAUGUUGGGCAUGUCGGACGCUGAACUCAUAAAUAUUUUGCUCCUUGUACAGGUCGAUUAAUCAGAGCUGGCAUCUACUUUUCUUCGCAUACUAUUGGAUUAUUUGUAUACAAAAACUAGUUAUCGUUUUGGUUUUAUUUUAUUAGGUACCCACGUUAGGUACGUUUUUUUGUUUAUUUGUUUUUAAGCUAAGAAGGAUCCUAACUAAUUACUAUUAAAUCUAUAUUGGAGGUAAAUCUUUAUAAUAGAUUUGUUUUAUUUCUCUCGCGUAUUCGUGUUCUUAAAAUAACAUGUGAUAUCACAUAGACCUAUUCGGACAAGAUAUAAUAAUUGUUUUAUUUCACAAACAGUUUGUUCUAAUUUAACCACCAUCGUAGUUUUGUUGGUAUUUCCUUAUUCCAUCGACUUAUUUUUGACUUCCUAAUAUUAGCUUUCUUUCGUCUGUUUUGCUCAUGCAAGCUUUCCCUAAUCGAUCUGUAACAUAAUUUAAAAUAAAAAAGUAAACAAUAAAGCUGGGCUAACCAAUUACUGGUUGAUUCAAGUUGACGCAGAUUCGAAUAGAUAAUUUCAAAUUUUACAUAGAAUAUUGACUUUUAUCUUUAUAUCGUAAUGCACUUCGACUAUGCAUCAAUGUGAUUCGAAGCUAAUGAAGUUUGUAUCCACGUGAUCUUACAACCACGGACCUUAAUCUGGACCUUAUGUCCUUUUAGUUAAAGCUGUACAUUCAGUUCCACUGAUUUGACUUGAUAUUUUACAAACGUUUUGCUAGGAACGCUGGCUGUAAAAGUGUAGACGAAAUUAACCUUAAAACCGAUGGUUAAUAAGGUCCAUUAGGUAACAGAAGAUUGGUGUAUGCUCAUAAUAACUGAAGGAAGCGUUGUGCGACACUCUUGGACAAUAAAGUGACCUACGUACAGUACAUUCAGUCUCUACAGUACAUCUAUUAUGUGCAUAGAUUAUAAUUGAUUGAUGUUUUAAUUGUGCAAUUAAAUGUGUAAUUUUACUAAUUAUUGUAUAAAAUAAAUCAUUUAACUUUGUUAGUUCGGAUGUAUAUGAAUUAACCUGUAUGAUAUGAAAAUCCUCUGGAGAGUACUCAGUGGCGUGUACCGGGAUUCUUAACCGGAUAUGCAAACAGCAGGAAAAUUGGAUAAAAUGGCAUAAAUUCUUCCAUACGAGCAAUAUAUCAAUUUUAGGGUAGGCCGUGCUUUUGUGCAUGUAUGAAGUGCACGCCACACACACACCACAAACUUAAUUACUACAAUUUUACUAAGACAAUACCCUAAAUGAUGUUAUUCAUAUUUGAGUUGGUAUUACUUCUAAUAGAUGUUAAAUAAAUGUGGAAAUAAAACUUUAAUUGACAACACACUUAUCAUGUAUUUUGUGACAUAGUUUUUAACUCAUAAACUUCAUAAACGAUUAAUAUUACAAAUUGCGGUAUUUGUGCCCGUAACAUAUUAAUUGAUGGUGCCACUAAUAUACGAAGAGUAUACAAUCUGCCAAUCGCAUCUAACACUUUAAAAACCACUUGUAUGUCACAUUAUAUAAACCAGAUAUUUCAAUGCAUUCAUUGGGAGUAUAUUAUGUGGCAUGCGAUGGUUUUAAAAGUGUGUAACGCAAAUAAUGUAAUAGAGAAUCAGGGCUUUGUCAUUUUUACAGAUUUUUAUACAGCCGAAUUAACACCUUUAUACAGGCUUUUAAUUUAGAGCAAGCGAUCAGUAAUGUACCUAUUCUUAACAUUUCAUUUCAUUCAAAUUUCUUUAUAGAUAUGUAAUUUUUUUAAAAAUCGCGAAUGUGUGGCUGUCUUUUUGAACUCUUACGAAAACUACUUUAAAUGAUCAUGCGUUAUGCACUAUUUUUGUCAUUCCGACCCAAUUUUCCUUCUUUUUUAUAUAACUAUCGUAACGUAUAGGCAGUUUUAUUAACGCUAACUAUUAACUAUUAAUAAACGUCGCAUAACACCGGAAUAGUUAUUCAGUGUUCUGUCACAAUGCAUUUGAUAGCUUCUUUUACAUUUAAAAGCAUGAUACCAUUCCAACGUUAUGCCACGUUUAUUUGUAAAGAAAAAUGUGGUUUUUCUACUGAACGUUGCACAAAACAAACUAACAGCCUGUAUACAUAUAAAAUAAGACGUGUGCCUGAAGACUGUAAGAAUCUAUAGUUAAGAAGAUCUUUAUGUAAGAGAGACUGCUUUAAUGUUAGAAAUAUAAAGAUUACAUUUAUGAAAUGUAUAGAAUAUACAAAUAUAAGUAUCUUGAA